GACAGCACUGAGCGAAAUGGCCUUCUUCACUGCAGGCAGCAUAAUCUCGCAGUCGCCCUGGAUGAAGCGCAGCUGGACAUUUUAGGCCAGAGGGUAGAAAGGAAGUCCCUGUCAUUUUUAGACAGGUUGAAGGCACAAUGUCGGUGUUCUGGUUCCAGGAUAAAGAGCCUCCUGCUGGGCUUUUUUCCUGUCCUGUCAUGGCUGCCUCACUACUCCAUCAAAGAAAACGCUGUUGGAGAUAUCAUAUCUGGAGUCAGUGUCGGGAUCAUACACCUGCCACAGGGAAUGGCCAAUGCCAUGCUGGUAGGAAUUCCUCCAGUGUUUGGCCUCUACACUUCACUAUAUCCCCUCAUCAUCUACUUUGUCUUUGGCACUUCCAGACACCUCUCCAUUGGUACUUUUGCAGUCUUGUCCAUCAUGAUAGGAUCUGUGAUGGCUAAUGUGGAGUUACCUAGCAACAGUGAUGAAGAGAGUCAGCUUGCUGUGGAAGCUGCUAAAGUGAACAUGGCUAUACAACUCACCUUCCUUUGUGGCCUCAUACAGCUCCUACUGUACCUGCUGCAGGGAGGUGGUGUGUGUCGAUGGUUGUCUGAUCCUGUAAUAAGAGGCUACACCACAGCAGCAGGUCUGCACGUGAUCGUCCUGCAGCUUCCACUGAUGACUGGAAUACCUGCACAGAGACAUACUGGACUGCUGGCUUCAGCUUGGACUUUAAUGGAUGUUCUGUAUGGAGCGGCCAGUGCUGCACCAGGAGCUCUGCUAGUCUCCUUAGUUUCACUUGUAAUGAUAAUCGGAGGCAAGAUACUAAAUGAGCGCUUUAAAAACAAGCUACCUGUCGCCAUUCCCUGGGAAAUCAUAUUGAUCAUCCUGGGCACCAUCCUGUCAGUGCAGAUGGAUCUGGCAGGACAACACAGAGUCCAGGUGGUGGGACACAUACCCAGUGGCUUAUCUCCCCCAGUCCUUCCUUCUUUGUCUCAGUUUAGAGAGCUUUUUAUUCCAGCUCUGUCUGUAGCUUUGGUUGGCUUUAGUUUCCUUACAGCCAUGGGCUCAGUGUUCGCCCACAAACAUGGCUACCAGGUGGACACCAGUCAGGACCUGCUGGCUCUGGGUCUGUGCAACACCAUCGGGGGAAUGUUCCACUGCUUUGCAGUCAGCUGUUCCUUUUCUCGUAGUAUGGUCCAGGAUAGCAUCGGGGUCAAAUCACAGAUGGCAGGUCUGGUGUCAGCUUUGAUGAUUCUGACCAUAUUGUUGGAGAUUGGUCAUCUCUUUGAGCAGCUCCCAAAGGCCGUGCUGGCUGUUAUCAUCGUGGUGAACCUGCAGGGGAUUCUGGCUCAGCUUAAAGACGUGUGUCUGCUCUGGAAGUCUGACAGAUUGGACCUGCUGGUGUGGGUAUCGUCACUGAUUUCCACCCUCAUUUUUAACCUGGACCUUGGUUUGGCUGUGGCUGUCGUCUUGUCUCUGCUAACACUUAUCUACAGGACUCAACACUCCUCCAUAGCUGUUUUGGGUCAUAUUCCUGGAACAGACUGUUACAGAGACGUGGGAGUCUACCUUGAGGCAAAACCAAUUCCUGGAGUAACAAUGCUCUCAUGUUCCAGUUCAGUUUACUUUGCCAACUCAGAGCUGGUCUUUACUGAGAUCAGACAGGCAAUGAGUCGUGGCCAGAAGGAAAACCCAGCUGGAGUCCAUACCACAACCUCUACGACUACUUCCUCCUCCACCCAGAAAGACACACACAGUUAUUGCUUGGUCUUAGAUCUCAGUUCGGUUGCAUUCAUGGACUCAGUGGCCAUGACAGCACUCUGCAAGGUUGUUGAAGACUUGGACGUGCAGGGUGUCAGUGUGUUUCUGGCAGCGUGCCAAGAAAGAGUUUUAUCACGGCUCCAGAUUCAAGGUUGUAUACCAGACAGCCUGCCCAGCUCCUGUGUCUUUCCAUCGGUUUAUCAUGCUGUCCAGCACUGCCUCAGCACCAUGCCCACAUCUCUGGAGGAAAUCAACUUAGAUGUGAGUGAAUGCUGAACCUACGAUAUGACCUCUGCAGCUGAAUGUAAAUUACAGGACAACAAUCUACAGUAUGAAAGUUACACAUCUCAUCUUUGUCCUUUUUUUAAGAUAAAAAAUACCACACAGACUGUAUGUGUUGUACUUCCACUGUACUUCUCACAUAUUUCCAGACAAUAAAUAUUCAUAUUAUAUAAGAGACUUAAUACUUAAUCAUCGACUGUUAUAUCAUGAAGUAUUUUCGAGAUAAUGGAGGACCAUCAUGAGCAGAAGAGGUUGGUGUCUAACAUUUAUGUCUAAUUUUAAAUGUGCCCAUGUGUAAAACUUUUUUAUUUUGUAGUUCCUCCCUGUGGUGUGUUAUUCUGUUUCCAGUUCAUAAGGUCACCUGGUUUUAAUUGUUAACUCAUUUCACCUGCUUCUCGUUAGUUGUCUUCAAGUUAUAUACUCCUUGGUUUCAGUCAGUGUUUGCCAGUUCCUUGUAAUGUCAUGUACCCGUCA